ACGCGGGCCCGCCCCUGGACCCCUUACGUGGAGCCCCGGCAUCCGGGCCGCGGGCGCGGCUCCUGCCCCUCGGCCGCCCCGCCCAGGCGCCCAGCUGCGCUCAUGUGACUCGCGGCGCCGCUCCCUGCCCGGCCAGAGCCCGCGACCUUCGCCCGGCCGUCGAGUCCCCUCUUGAGCCCCGGCAAGAUGCGGCCCUGGGCGCAGCUCCUGCUGCUGGCGGCGGCCUCCUCCGCGCUGGCCCUGGGCCUCGGCGGGCACCACGAAGAGCUGCUCUUUAAGUCGUGGAUGUAUCAGAACAACAAACAGUACGACGUAGCAGAGGAGUACCAGCGACGGUUUCAGAUCUUUGUGAGCAACAAGCAAAAGAUCGACAGGCACAAUGCCGGCAAUCACACCUUUCAAAUGGGCCUGAAUCAGUUUGCAGACAUGACAUUUGAUGAAUUCCGAAAGAAGUAUCUCUGGCACGAGCCUCAGAACUGUUCGGCCACCAAGAGCAAUUUCGUGGGCAGGGCUGGGUGGCGCCCAACAGCUAUUGACUGGAGGAAGAAAGGCAACUACGUGACGCCAGUCAAGAAUCAGGGUCCCUGUGGUAGCUGCUGGACGUUCUCAACCACUGGGUGCUUAGAGUCUGCCAUUGCCAUAGCAACAGGGAAGCUACUGAACCUGGCUGAACAGCAGCUGGUUGACUGUGCUCAGGAAUUCAACAACCAUGGCUGUAGUGGUGGCCUCCCCAGCCAGGCUUUCGAAUACAUCCGAUACAACCAAGGGCUCAUGGGUGAGGACACAUACCCGUAUCGGGCCAAGAACGGUACUUGCAAGUUCCAGCCCAAGGAGGCCAUUGCCUUUGUCAAAGACGUUGUCAACAUCACAGUGAAUGACGAAGAAAGCAUGGUGGACGCUGUGGGGAACUACAAUCCUGUAAGCUUUGCCUUUGAAGUGACAGGGGACUUCAUGCUUUAUGCAAAGGGGGUUUACUCCAGCAAAAGCUGUCACAAGACUCCAGACAAAGUGAAUCAUGCUGUUCUGGCUGUGGGCUACGGGGAAGAGAAUGGCCUUCCCUACUGGACUGUCAAAAACUCCUGGGGCAAAAUGUGGGGCAUAGAUGGGUACUUCAACAUCGAACGGGGCAGCAACAUGUGCGGGCUGGCCGCCUGCGCCUCUUACCCCGUCCCCCUCGUGUAAGCCUCUGGAGAAGGAGUGGCUGUGCUGCGGGCCGAAGAGGAAAGACCUGAGAAGCAGAGAGGGCUGAACCUAGCCCGGGGAGGCGCGCCGAGGCAGGCCCCUUCCAGCCCCCCUCAGGCCCUGCUCCUGCCGCUCCGAACUGCCUGCCCGCCCCCCUGUCACCGCGGGCUGCUUUUUGCUUCCCCCGAGCCCUGUCAGGCCGGGGACUGGAACUUUGCCCCCCGCCCCCCACGGGCUGCCUGAACUAGCGUUGCCAACCUCCAGGUGGUAUCUGGAGAUCUCCCGGAAUUAUCACUGAUCUCCAGAGAUGGGUUCCCCUGGAGAAAAUGCCUACUCUGAAAUGGGGACUCUGUGGUAGUCUACCCUGCGGAGGCCUCGCCCCUCCCUCAAAUCCCACCUUCCCCAGCCUGUACCACUGAAAGCGCCAGGGAUUUCUCAACCCAGCGCUGGCAGCCCAAGGACGCCCGGCCUGCCGUCCCGGCGCUGAAGGGAUGGUCGGGCUGGAGCAGACGGCCCCCUCACAAUGGCUCUCUGUGGCCCCAACGGGACCCUGCCCUCCAGCGGCUCCGGCCCGGCCCGCGCUUCCAGGAGAGCUCGCCCGGUUACCUCAGUCUCGGGUCUCCCCUCAGGGCGGGCCUCCUUUGCCGCCUCCUGCACGCGGGGUGGGGGGGGCGCUUGGUUCUUUUCUCACAAUAAAGUUCUUUUCUCACAAA